GGGCCGCCACUACUACUUCAAAACCCUUCUCUCUGUCUUUCUCUCUGUCUCUGUCAUAGGCCACCAUUGCCUCGAUUCUCUCAACACUCUUUGGGAGGAGAGAGAAAGCCGGAGAGACCCGAUCCCAAACCUCACACGCUUCUACGGAGAUUCAUCGAUCCUCAUAAGAGGAAGAGAUGACGAUCGAUCAACCUCAAUACCCAAGUGUUGCUCAACUUCUCAGAUCAAGCCCAACUCAAGAUUUUCAGGCUCAUGAUUUUGGUUUCCAACGCCCUUCUGUAUACCAGAGGCAAUUUAAAUAUGGGAAUUACUCCAAUGCUGCAUUGCAGUAUCCUAUGGUGCAGCCUUGUCGAACAACUAAUGAUCUGUCAAUGGUUUCUCCAAUUAAUUCUGCUAUUUUCGUGCAAGCACCAGCUGAGAAAGGCAUUGCUGGAUUUGCCAUUGAUUUCCUCAUGGGUGGGGUCUCUGCAGCUGUGUCCAAAACAGCUGCAGCUCCAAUUGAACGCGUUAAGCUUUUGAUUCAAAACCAGGAUGAGAUGAUCAAGACUGGUAGGCUCUCUCAACCAUACAAGGGCAUUGGUGAAUGUUUCAGCCGAACAAUUAAGGAGGAAGGCUUUGCUUCAUUAUGGAGAGGGAACACUGCUAAUGUCAUUCGUUAUUUCCCAACUCAGGCCUUGAAUUUUGCCUUUAAAGAUUACUUCAAGAGGCUUUUCAAUUUCAAGAAAGACAGGGAUGGUUACUGGAAAUGGUUUGCUGGGAACCUGGGAUCUGGAGGUGCAGCUGGUGCUUCUUCUUUGCUGUUUGUCUAUUCCCUGGACUAUGCUCGUACCCGUUUGGCAAAUGAUGCAAAGGCUGCAAAGAAAGGAGGAGAGAGGCAAUUUAAUGGCUUGGUUGACGUCUACAAAAAGACUUUAGCUUCGGAUGGUAUUGCUGGGCUUUACCGUGGAUUUAACAUUUCAUGUGUUGGGAUCAUUGUCUAUCGUGGUCUCUACUUUGGAAUGUACGAUUCUCUGAAACCAGUGGUCCUUACUGGAAAGAUGCAGGAUAGUUUCUUUGCUAGCUUUGCCCUUGGUUGGGUCAUCACCAAUGGUGCUGGUCUAGCGUCGUACCCAAUCGACACUGUUCGCAGAAGAAUGAUGAUGACCUCCGGUGAAGCUGUCAAAUACAAGAGCUCCCUGGAUGCUUUCUCUCAGAUCCUGAAGAACGAGGGGGCCAAGUCUCUCUUCAAGGGUGCUGGCGCAAACAUUCUUCGUGCCGUUGCUGGUGCUGGUGUGCUUGCUGGCUAUGAUAAGCUGCAGAUGAUCGUCUUUGGAAAGAAGUACGGAUCUGGUGGUGGUUAAUACAAGGUACUUCUUCCUUUGCCUUAAAUCACUCGAUGGUGAUGAAAAUCUUUUUGAGUUUUUUUCAAGGAUUUGCCCCGGCAAUUUUUGCUAUUUGAAUAAUUCAGUUCUAGAGGGAGUCACUCCCAAACCUACUUUUCAAUUAGAUUGUUUUGCGGAUCGUGUAAUACCUGAUAAUACUAGAGCGGCUGCUGUUGCAAAUGCAGUUCAUUCGGUUUCCAAUGAAGUGGUUUGAGACAUUAUCUUUGUGUUUUUGUUCGUCUGUUAUCCAACUGAGAGAUAUGUGAUGAAUGCCAGUUUUCCAUUCUUCCUUUC